AUGGGUGGAGGUGGUGGUAGCAGCAGUGCAGGUAGACAUGGAGGUAGUGGCUUUGGGGGUGGAAAAGGGAGUGGCCAUUUAACAAAUACAAGCAGAGACCGUCAGCGGUCAGGGGGCAACAGAAACAAGCGUGUUGUCGAAUCCAGUGGGAGUCGAAGAGGCAGUGGUGGUGGGGGAGGAGGUUCUAAGAGCAGAUUCAGCAGUGGUGGAAGUCCAAUCUCUAGCCUUGUUACAAGCAAUCCAAGCAAGAGAUUCCGCAGGGACAGCUCAGGUGACAGGUUUGGAAUGAGAGGUAAAGACAACAGCAGAAGCAGUCUGUCGGGAGGUGGGGGCUUUAGCAGCAGUAACUUUGGUGGGAGUAGCUUCAGUAGUGGGGGCAGAAGCUUUGACAGGAGCCAGCAGUCAGACUUGAGCAAAAGUAGUUUCACUAGUGGGGGAUUUGGCAUGGGCAGUGGUUCUAAACAGGAUGGAGGAAAGUUUGGUGGCAGUUCUAGUUGGGGAAGUGGCUAUGGUGGAGCAAAUGAUCUUGUUAGUUCUAGUGGAUAUGGCUCAAGUGGAACUAUGGUUGGAGGAGGCAGCUAUGGUGUUGGAAGCAGCUAUGGAAGUGGAGGAGGCACCUAUGGAAAUGGAGGAGGCAGCUACGGAAGUGGAGGAGGCAGCUACGGAAGUGGAGGGAACUAUGGAAAUAGCAGCUUGGGUGGAUAUGGAGAUAGUAAUUUUGGGAGUGCUGGCAGUGCUGGAGGCUCAAAUUAUGGCAUGGACACCUUUGGUGGAGGACGAUCCUGGAAUACAUCCUACAGUCAAAGUCAAAGUGGCAGUGGUAACUCCUACAGCAACACUGGUGGCUAUGGUGAUGUUUACCACCGAUAUUGA